AUGGCUAGCGAGAAGAAACUACAAAUCACGUUCGAGGAUUACCUCGGUGUCACCGAGGCAGCGUUCGAAUGGGCGGACAGUUAUGACUCCAAGGAUUGGGACCGAUUGAGGAAGUGCAUCGCACCCACACUCCGGGUUGACUACCGCUCGUUCCUCAACAAGUUGUGGGAGGCGAUGCCGGCUGAGGAGUUCAUCGCCAUGAUCUCUGACAAGUCGGUGUUGGGAAACCCCCUGCUUCGAACCCAACACUUCAUCGGCGGCGCGAGCAAGUGGGAGAAGCUGUCGGACACGGAGAUUAUCGGGUACCAUCAACUGCGAGUGCCACACCAGGUCUACACGGAUGCGAGCCUGCAGAACGUCGAAGUCAAAGGCCACGCUCACGGCUUCAACACACACUACUACAACAAGGUCGGCGGAGUGUGGAAGUUUGCUGGCUUGAGCCCCACCAUCAGGUGGUCUGAGUACGACUUCGACAAGGUGUUUGCCAGCGGCCGCGACAAUUUUGGCGAGUCCAAGUAG